ACACCCGAAUAUCCUACGCCUGUACAACUACUUCCACGAUGAUCGCCGGGUGUACUUGAUUCUGGAAUAUGCUCCACAGGGCGAGCUGUUUAAAGAGCUUCAGAGGAAACAGAGAUUAGAUGAGCAGCGUAUAAUAGAGGAGUUGGCAGAUGCCCUGACCUACUGUCACGAGAAGAAGGUGAUUCACAGGGACAUCAAGCCAGAGAAUCUCCUGCUGGGGCUCAGGGGUGAAGUAAAGAUCGCAGACUUUGGUUGGUCUGUGCAUACCCCCUCUCUCAGGAGAAAGACAAUGUGCGGGACUCUGGACUACUUGCCCCCAGAAAUGAUUGAAGGGAGGACGUAUAACGAGAAGGUGGAUCUGUGGUGUAUUGGGGUGCUCUGCUACGAGCUGCUGGUGGGACAGCCACCCUUUGAAAGCAGCAGCCACAACGAGACUUACAAACGCAUCCUCAAGGUGGAUUUUAGGUUUCCGAAUUCGGUGCCCUUGGGAGCCCAGGACUUGAUCUCCAAGCUUCUUAGGUACCAUCCCUCAGAGCGGCUGGACCUGGCCCAGAUCCUGAAGCACCCCGCUUCCUGAGCCCUGCCUGCCUCUGUUCCUUUGUAUUUAUUCAGGGAGCUCUCCGGGCUCUGUUAUCUCCUCUGUUCUGCUUGUUUUCUCUUUUAAGAUACACAUUAAAUAAAACUGGUUUUUGGGGUUUUU